UGCUGCCCAGCCAGACGGAUGAUCCUGCAGCCAAAUCCUAUUAGUGGGCGUCGUCACCCGCUCCCUUUAAGUGGCUUGUUGCCUCCAAACCUCAGGGCAAGGCAAUUAGGAGGGAUCUGGAUGCCCUUUAAAGGGAAAGGCGCCCGUGGAGGAGGAGAAGCCCCGAGAGAGGGAUUAAUCCACAACAAGAAGAUGAUGGAAUGUGAAAAGAAAAGACGAUUGCUUUUCCACUAACCAAAUCUGACUAACCUUGUGAACUUUCCCCAGUUGGAAAUACCUCUAUCUGAUUACCCUAAUACAAGAAUUUAGACACUGAUUUCUGGGUUUAAUUGGGAUGAGAAUAAGAUUUGAGAGGACCAGAUUAACAAAUCAAAGUGAAUUUGUGUUGGAGUGAUCCGGAUAUUUAUAAAUAAAAAUAAUGCUAGACAUUUGGAUCUAAAGCGGGGAUCUGAAGCCUAUUAUCAGUUAGUGAGACUGAGAAAUUUGGAAAUUUUCAGUUUUUUGACUAGCCAAGUUAAAGCUGAACAUGCUGAAAGUGCCCUUUUAGUCUUGAAGAAUUUGUAGAUCUUGUAGUAGUUUAUAAUUGUCUAGAACUAGAUCAGUGCAGGAAUCCAUUUUCUAAGAUUGGAGAGAAACUGAGAAUCAGUUUCAGAGAUUGGAAAGAACAUGAGAAUAUAAUGUUCCCCUUUCUGAGAUUGGACAUAAAUUGAGAAUACAAGAUUUCUUUUUCUGAGAUUGGUGAGAAACUGAAAAUACUGGAUUCUCCUUCUGAAACUGAACAUAAACUGAGAAUUUAAGUUUCUGCUUUCCAACGUUGGAGAGAAACAGAGAAUACAGGACUCCCCUUUCUGAGACUGGACGUAAACUGAGAACAUAAGAUUCUCCUUUCUUCCUCCUUGGUUCUGUAUUCAUGGAUAGCCCCAACAAUUUCUGUCGCCUAUGUGGCGCAGUGCUGCGUGGCAACCAUCGGCGAUGGUUAUUCAGCCGCAGUGGUGGCAACUCACGCCCUGACCUUCUGGUGGUGCUGUCCUUUGUCCUUGACCGACAGCCGCCCCAGCGUGGAGAUGGCCGUGGAGAGUUCCUCUGCGGAAAGUGUGCCCAGGCCUUGGGCCGCGUGUACCGCUUUGACACUGUCAUUGCCCGGGUCCAAGCACUCUCCAUCGACCGGCUCCAGCGCCUCCUUUCAGAGAAGGACCAGCUAGCCCGCUCCCUGCGCCACAUCCAUGCACGGCGGUUUCCAGGUGAAAAGGAUGUGCUGUCCUACACAGGCCAAGAGAUCUCAGCCAGCAUAGCAGAUUUGCCACAUGUCCGAUACCAGCGUCUCUUGCAGGAUGACAUGGCACUCUCCGAAUAUGAGUGUUGGGCAAACGACACAGACAGUAGCCAACCAGGCUCACCCUGCCGCAACCGGCAAUGCCGCAGCUGCCACGGGCUUCGGGUUGAGGACUCUGAUUACGAGUGGGUGUGCCGGACCCCCAGAAGGCUGGGCGUGUCAUCUCCCAUCUUCCCCCUGUGCCGAGAUAAAUCCCAGAGCAUGCCCACAGUGCACCACGCAAGCUCCCGAGCCUCUCUGAGGUCUCAAAGUCUAGGGGAGGCAGAUUCAUGUUCGAUGCUGUCGUUGGAUACCUUGCCAGAGCUGGAUCUGUCCUGGGAGGCUCUGAGAGCCCUGAGGGGCAUUGGACGGAAACAGCUGAGAGUUCCCAAAGGCAGCAAGAUCCCAGUGCUGGCCAGGAAUAGCUACGUCUUCCCAAUUCAGAGGGAGAGUCCCUUGGGAGAGGAGGCAUGUGAAGACAUGGUGGAUGAGUUCAUGCCACUGGAGGCAAAGCACCAAGCUCAGCGGACACUACACCAGGACCUCCAAGGAGCUUUUGACAACCUGAAGGAACGUCUCAAGGCAGCUGAGGAGGAGCUCAGGAGCUUCCAGGAGAAGGGAGGAGAAGUGGCAAGCCAGGAGACUGGCCUUCCACUUGAGAAAACUAUGGGAAGUCAAGAGCGUUUGAUUCAUCAAAUGACAAGAUGCCUUCAGAGCAAGGAAAAGCUGUUACAGGAUUGUCUGGUGAUCUUGCAGUCUCUUGGGACUCCAGGGACCAAGCCUUCUGUGUUGGAAGCCUUGAUCAAGCAAAUGGCCCAGCGCCUGAAGGACAGAGACCAAGUGUUAGAGAAGACAUUAUCUGGCAAUUUCUUGGCCCUGGAGUCAGUCCAUCGUGAAGUGAAGCACCUCCAAGAGGCCCUGAAGGAUAAAGAUGCCGACCUGGCAAGACUUCACGCUGCCCUGCGCACAGGCGAGGAGACGCUGCAUGCGUUGCGUGAGGUGCUGCACCAAAAGGAUCGGGAGAUCCAGCGGUUGGAAUCGCUGGGCGCCUCCGCCCGGGACUCCUGGCAACAGCACGACCAGACCUGGCUCUUGACUUUGAAGGAGAAGGAGACCUUGGUCAAAGCCCUCCAGGAGGCCCUGAGCAGCAGCAACAAGGAUGUGGAAGCCCUGGCAAACUCCUUCAACAGCCCACACUUUGCCCCAGGGCUGCUCCAGCAAAUCCACGAAAAGGAAAACCUCCUGACCCAGUCCUUAGCUGAACAGGAACAGAUCCAAGCCCAGUGGCAAAGACGCCUACAGGAAACAGAAAAGGCAGCAGCUGCUCGGGAGCAAGAACUUCAGGCUCAACUUCGUCAGUUUGGCCAGGAUGCCCAAGAACGGGCCCAAGAAACUGAGAAGCUACGCCGGCGCUUGGCAGAAGCAGAAGAGAAACUGGCCCAGGAGGCUACAACACUGGAGGAGCAUCGCAGCCAGCUGGCUUUACUUCGGCAGAUGGGAGAUGUGAAGGAUCGUGCACUUGGGACGCUUCUGCGGGAGGGAGAGGAAAAGGACCGGAUCCUAUGGCGAUGGCAAGAGCGCUGGUUGAGAGGGCUGAAGCAGGUUCCAGGGAGACAAGGCCUGUCUCUUCUGCCUUCCACCUAAACCCACUUGCAUCUGACCGUAAGAUGUCCAGGGAAUCAAGAUUGGAUAGACACUGAUUAGCCAAAACACUGCACAGGAAGAAAGGAAGACACUGUCAUUUAUUUCAGAAGGGGAAUCUGGUGGAGUCGACUUCUCUUCUUCAAUUUAUGGGGGAGUGAAUGUUGAGAGGAUGCUGGAGAUAAGCUCUCUCAGGGUACAAACUAUGUCUUGGAAGCACACUGCCUACAUGGAAUAACAAGUUUAAAACUG